AUGGCCAGAAAUAAGAAUAGAAUACAAUCAAAAAAACAUUCUGUUAACGAACAACCGGAACCGCCUUAUGGAUUAAAUGAGGUCGAUGAUUUUGCUUCAAAAAGAGAAAAACUUCUUCUGAGUGAGUCCACAAUGAGAGAUGCUGAGGAAGAGGAAGAUAUUCUGCCGGAUGAGGAAGAGGAAGAGGUUCUUGCUAUGAGUACUGAUGAGUCCUCUGAAGAGGAUGAAGAUGGGGAAGAAGAGGAUGAAUAUGAGGAAGAAGAAGAAAAGCUCGAUGGGGAAAAGGCCUACAGAAAAGUAUUCGGAAGAAAGCUCGAUCUGAAUAAUACUACUGAGGCAGAAGGAGGAACAAUGCUUGAUAAUGAAAAUGCAUGGGGCUCAACGAAAGGAGAAUACUACGGUGCUGAUGAUCUAGACGAUGAUGAAACUGCAAAAGACAUAGAAGAGGAGGCUUUGCGUCAAAGAAAAAAACAUUUGGAAGACAUGAAUAUGAACGACUAUCUCGAUGAUGAACUUGAUGAUGAAUGGAGCAAAGAUGCAAAAGCGUUCGAUAUUGGUGAAUUCAAAGAAACCACAAAGCAAAAUGGCGAUGCUCUUGACAUUAAAAACUUCCACAGUAUGGAUCCAGAAGUAAAACAAGAAUAUUUAAAUACAUUUUUUCCUGAAUUUUUACCUUUAUCCAAAGAGCUUACAAAAUUAUUACCUGUUCUUGAGAACCUUAAAAAAAAAGAAGAGUCGGAAAUUACCUUGAUAAAGAAAAUUGCCCUUUCCAGUUAUAUCGGUGUGCUGUCCUCUUAUUUUGGUGUUCUGCUCCAUGAGUUCAAAAAUAACGAGGAGUUCUCGACAAUGAGGGAUCACCCUGUUAUGGAAAUGCUACUGACAGCCAAAGAAGUUUGGAGGCAAGCAAGCAGUUUGCCAGAUGAUAUGAACUUAGAUAACGGCAGUGAAACUGACGGAGAAUUAGCGGAGGAACAUAUUUCCGACAAUAAUGAAGAUGAAAACCUCGAUGAAUCUGAUGCCGCAAGACUAACGGUCCUGACAUCGGAGGAUACAAAGAGAGUUGAUGAUGAUGAGGAGAAUGAAGACAACGUAUCAGCCUCUAGCAGCGCAAACAGUGAUACAGAAGAAGGUGAAGAAGAUGAAGAAGAUGUUGAUCUUGAUGACUUUGAAGAGUACGUUGCAUUAUCUCGUGUUAACAGAAAGAAGAGCGGAAAAGAAGUGGAAGAACAGUCACAACAUGAUUCAGAUCUUGAUGACUACAAUGAGGGUGAUAUGGCAGAUGUUGAUGCCCAGGAGAAAAAGGCACGCCGUAAGACACUACGUUUUUACACAUCCAAGAUUGAUCAACAACAGAAUAAGAAAAUAGAUCGAUUGAAGGGUGACGAUGAUAUUCCAUAUAAAGAGCGUCUUUUCGAAAGGCAACAAAGACUGAUAGAAGAAGCUCGUAAGCGUGGCCUACAUAGCGGAAAUGGAGAAGAUCUGGAUACAAAAGAUUUCGGUUCCGAUGACGAAGCCACAUCAAAACUUAUAAAAAGCGAUGGAGAAAAAGAUUACUUCAAUUUAAUUCAGGAGAGAAGAGAACACAAGAAAGACUCGCGCCGGGAAGCUCAUAAAGCUGCGGUCAAAGCAGCUAAAGAAGGAAAAUUGGCAGAACUGGCCGAAGGUCUUGGAGAGGAUGGUAAACGUGCGAUCAACUACCAAAUUCUAAAGAAUAAGGGUUUGACUCCAAAGAGAAAGAAGGACAACAGAAAUUCACGUGUCAAGAAGAGAAAGAAGUUCGAAAAAGCUCAAAAGAAACUCAAGUCUGUUCGCGCAGUCUAUUCUGGUGGUCAAGAUGGUGCAUACGAAGGUGAAAAGACGGGUAUUAAGAAGAAUUUGGUCAAGUCUGUCAAAUUUAAAAUGUGA